ACAACAAUAAUAGGAAAUCAAAGAUCGAGAGAUUUUCAUAUAAAUGCUUUCCCUUUUCUCUCUAUUUGCAAAUUGCCACUUUCAAUUCACAAGAAGAAAAAGAAGAUGGUGGAGACUCGCGCCUCAAAGAGAAAAACUAAUGCAACCCAAAAUCAAAACCAACCUCACAAGAAGAAACGCGUCGUGUUGGGUGAACUUCCCAAUUCAACCAACGCCAUUGUUCCUCAUACUCAAACACACGAUUCAAAAAACCUCAAAAACCAAAAACACAAGAAAUCAAACACACAUGACAAUGUCGAUGGCCCAGUUGUUUCCGAAGUUUACAAGCAUCUUCGCAAAACAGAGAUGGAGAAAAAGAGAAGACCAAUGAAGGAUUACAUGGAGAUUGUUCAGAGAGAUAUUACAUCAAACAUGAGAGGGAUAUUGGUGGAUUGGUUAGUUGAAGUUGCUGAAGAAUACAAGCUUCUUUCAGAUACCCUUCAUCUCGCUGUUUCAUACAUUGAUAGAUUUUUAUCUCUUAACCGUAUCAGCAGAAUCAAGCUUCAAUUGUUGGGUGUUUCUGCCAUGCUCAUUGCAUCGAAGUAUGAAGAAAUUAGUCCUCCCCAUGUGGAAGAGUUCUGCUUCAUUACUGAUAAUACAUAUGACAAGGACGAGGUUUUAGAGAUGGAAACUGACAUACUCAAGGCACUAGAUUUUGAAAUGGGCAACCCAACUGUUAAAACUUUUCUAAGGCGGUUUCAUGGAAUUGCCUGUGAGAAAAAAAAUGCUUCAAGUUUGCAGUUUGAGUUCUUGACUUACUAUCUUGCUGAGCUUAGUUUAUUGGAUUAUCAUUGUUUGAGAUUUUUGCCUUCUUUGAUGGCUGCAUCUGUUAUAUUUCUUGCUAGAUUCAUUGUUUGGCCUAAAACUUGCACUUGGACAUCAGCCCUGCAAGAAUACACUGCGUAUAAACCAAUAGAGUUGAAAGAAUGUGUUCUCUUCUUACAUGAUUUAUAUAUGGCUAGAAGGGGAGAGUCAUUUGAAGCUACUAGAGAGAAAUACAAUCAGCAUAAGUUUAAAUAUGUAGCAAAUUUUCCUUCGCCUCCUCAUUUACCAAGUCAUCUGUUCAAAGCAGAGUGAGGUAGUUAGAUGACACUUACUAUUUUUUGAAGUGGUUCAAUGAUUUGUUGGAGCUUAUUAUAUUUUGCACAAGAAGCUUGCUACAUGGACAAGGGGCUGGUAUAUGGCUUUACUGAGAAGCUUUCAAUUUUGUGGAAACUAUAAGUUAAAUGAUAGUAAACUUAAUUGGCUAUUAAGUUGUGGUCAAGGCAUCUAUACUUUUUUUGGCCUGGUUAGGUAUUGAAAUUGAGUAGUCUUUCUUCAAGUUGCAGUUUAACUUGUAAGCUUUUACUUUAGAAAUAACUAGGAUGGUCUGUCCUUGUGCCAGACCUUAUAUGUCAUUAGAUUAGUGUAUUUCAUCAAUCAUUGUACAAUUUGACUUUUUCAUCGAUUCUUUUAAAAAAAAAUUGACUGAUGAAUCCUAUGAAUUUAAACACC